AUGUCCAAAGUCAUGACCAAGAACAUGUCAAACGCGCCUGUCAAAAAGUCACACUCAUUUAUGGUUUCUAGUGUAUUCGAAGUCUCUGAGAUACUUCCUCCCGCAGAUAGCAGAAACUAUACUUACCGAGGUACCACUGUGGCUCUUACCUGCAGUGGUUGGGACGGUGACAAUGAGCGCGAGUACGACGGCGACUUGAUUGCAUACUGUAGUUCCAUGGAAGUUCCCUUGGAAAAUCACUGCUAUGCGAUCAAGGCCAAAAUGAUACCCAGCACGGAAUCAGCCGACUACAAAUUAUAUUUUGAAGCCGAUCACAAAAUUCUCGUAGGAACUUCUGACACAUUCGCUGGAGAACUUCACAACAACGCCGCUGCCUCCGGCUUCGGAACCGUCUCCUCACAACGCGAAUUGCCCGAACCCAAUACCGAAGACGCCACAUUGGCUUUCACCAUGAACCACGCGGACUACAAUCCUCAACUCCGCGAAAGCGUUGAAUUCGAAGUCAAGUAUUGUAUUUGUCCAACCGUGAAGAUGAAGGCAUCCCAAGUUCUGAUUCAGGAUGGCAAAGAGACGUUAGUACACGGAUUCAUUGUCGACUGGGACAAUGACAACAACCGUUGGAUUGUGGAGGUCACAUCGUUGAACGUAGCGAGUGGGCACGAAACGACCAACAAGAAGCGCCAGGCUGCCGGGACCAAGGUCACGCCUACUGGCAGAGUCCGUCCCGCUAAUCCUACCACGUCCACCCCGCCAACCAAGACUUCGGGAUCCGCUGGGAAAGGCAAGAAGCGACCAGACCCGCCUCCCAAGGAGGGAUACUUCGAUGACGACGGUAACGUAGUCAUGAAGCCCCCCGAAGCGCCUGAGCCCGGUCCCAGUGCCCCCAAGCGCGCUCCCGCUGGCCGUACUGCAAAGAACCGGGCGACGCCAGUUUCAAAGAACAAACACUACAACUUCUUUAGGAUCAUGAGUAGCGACGGCGACUCCAUCCAUUCACAAUCGGAAGAUGAAGAAGUGAUCACCGGACUUGGCCUAGCCUCUUCGACGCUUCCGGAAACCUCAGAACGGAGCAUUUUGGCUAGAUUUCGAAGUCAAAUUCCAUACGACGUCGGCAAAUGUGAUGAUCCUUGUGCUACCUGUGGGGCUUUGCACUGGAAACUUGAGCGGACUCAGAAGACAAUGUCGUCUCCUUCGGUCACCUACUUGACAUGCUGCCAACAAGGAGCGGUAGGACUUCCAAGUGAUCAUUUGGAGAACGGCUUGACGCCUCCAUUCCUUCGCCGUCUAUUCACGGACCAAGACCAAAGUGAGUCCCAACGUAGUCAGAUUCGCGAAUAUUACUGA